AUGGCUCCAAAAGGUAAGAAAGUCGCCCCAGCCCCUUUGGCUAACAAGUCCGCCAAGGUCUCCUCCUCCCCCAAGAACCCCUUGGUUGAAGCCUCCCCAAAGAACUUCGGAAUCGGACAGGCUAUCCAACCAAAGAGAAACUUGUCGAGAUUCGUCAAAUGGCCUGAAUACGUCAGAUUGCAAAGACAAAAGAAGAUUUUGUCUUUGAGAUUGAAGGUUCCUCCAGCCAUUGCCCAGUUCUCUAACACCUUGGACAAGAACACCGCUGCCCAAACCUUCAAGUUGUUCAACAAGUACCAACCAGAAACCAAGGCCGAAAAGAAGGAAAGAUUAACCAAGGAAGCCGCUGCUAUUGCUGAAGGUAAAUCUGCUAACGAUGCUUCUCCAAAGCCUCUUAACGUCAAGUACGGUUUGAACCACGUUGUCUCGUUGGUGGAAAACAAGAAGGCCAAGUUGGUUUUGAUUGCCAACGAUGUUGACCCUAUUGAAUUGGUCAUCUUCUUGCCAGCUUUGUGUAGAAAGAUGGGUGUUCCAUACGCCGUCGUCAAGGGUAAGGCUAGAUUGGGAACCUUGGUGCACAAGAAGACCUCCUCUGUUGCUGCUUUGACCGAAGUGUCUGCUGCUGAUGAAGCUGAGUUGGCUAAGUUGGUUUCUACCAUCAACAACAACUUCCUUGAAAAAUACGAGGAAAACAGAAAGCACUGGGGUGGUGGUAUCUUGGGAGCCAAGGCUGAAGCCAAGAGAAUCAAGAAGGCCAAGAACUCCGACGUGCCAGUUCCAGCCCCAGCUCCUGCUGUUGCCUCUGAAUAA